GCAGAUCCGGAGGGUUCCCCUUACAGAGCAGAGCUCACGGGCGGGGAGGCCUCACCUGCCAGGAGAACGCAGAACGACAGAAGGCGAAGAAGACCCCGACUUCCCGGGUCAGCCUCAGAGCCGCCCCCAGCCGUGGCCAUCUUGCCUCUCCGCCGAGCGGAAGCCUCGGUCCCCGCUCCAGUCGGCUAGCGGCCUCUCUAGGCUCCCCCUGCCGCCGUCUCGGUGGCGCGGAGCUCCAGAGACCGGAAGUUCCUAGGUGGCGGCGCUUCCGGGAGCUGUGGCCCGGGGUGGCUGACGUGGAGGCGUCCAAAGGGUGGCAGGGAGUGGCGGACCCGGCUGUCCGCCUUCGGAGCCGUAGUCUUGAAGAUGUUAACUAAAUUCGAGACCAAGAGCGCGCGGGUCAAAGGACUCAGUUUUCACCCCAAACGACCCUGGAUCCUAACCAGUUUACACAAUGGGGUCAUCCAGCUAUGGGACUAUCGGAUGUGCACUCUCAUCGACAAGUUUGAUGAACAUGAUGGACCAGUGCGAGGCAUUGACUUCCAUAAGCAGCAGCCUCUAUUUGUCUCUGGAGGAGAUGACUAUAAGAUUAAGGUUUGGAAUUACAAACUUAGGCGCUGUCUUUUCACCUUGCUUGGUCACUUGGAUUAUAUCCGCACUACAUUUUUUCAUCAUGAGUAUCCUUGGAUUCUGAGUGCCUCAGAUGAUCAAACCAUUCGAGUGUGGAACUGGCAGUCUAGAACCUGUGUCUGUGUGUUAACAGGGCACAAUCAUUACGUGAUGUGUGCUCAGUUCCACCCCUCUGAAGACCUGGUUGUAUCAGCCAGUUUGGACCAGACUGUGCGAGUUUGGGAUAUUUCUGGCCUAAGGAAAAAAAACUUGUCCCCUGGUGCAGUGGAGUCAGAUGUGAGAGGAAUAACCGGGGUUGAUCUGUUUGGAACUACGGAUGCUGUGGUGAAGCAUGUGCUAGAGGGUCAUGAUCGUGGUGUGAACUGGGCUGCCUUCCACCCUACAAUGCCCCUUAUUGUAUCUGGGGCAGAUGACCGUCAAGUGAAGAUCUGGCGCAUGAAUGAAUCAAAGGCAUGGGAGGUUGACACUUGCCGGGGCCAUUACAACAAUGUGUCUUGUGCUGUCUUCCACCCUCGCCAAGAGUUGAUCCUCAGCAAUUCUGAAGACAAGAGCAUUCGGGUCUGGGAUAUGUCUAAGCGGACUGGAGUUCAGACCUUCCGCAGGGACCAUGACCGUUUCUGGGUCCUGGCUGCCCAUCCCAACCUGAACCUCUUUGCGGCAGGCCAUGAUGGCGGCAUGAUUGUAUUUAAAUUGGAACGAGAACGGCCAGCCUAUGCUGUUCAUGGCAAUAUGCUGCAUUAUGUCAAGGACCGAUUCUUACGUCAGUUGGAUUUCAACAGCUCCAAAGAUGUAGCUGUAAUGCAGUUGCGGAGUGGUUCCAAAUUUCCAGUGUUCAAUAUGUCAUACAAUCCAGCAGAAAAUGCAGUCCUACUGUGCACAAGAGCCAGCAAUUUAGAGAAUAGUACCUAUGAUCUGUACACCAUCCCCAAGGAUGCCGACUCCCAGAAUCCUGAUGCUCCUGAAGGGAAACGAUCCUCAGGCCUGACAGCCGUUUGGGUUGCUCGAAAUAGGUUUGCUGUUCUAGAUCGGAUGCAUUCGCUUCUGAUCAAGAAUCUGAAGAAUGAGAUCACCAAAAAGGUCCAGGUGCCCAACUGUGAUGAGAUCUUCUAUGCAGGCACAGGCAACCUCCUGCUUCGGGACGCAGAUUCCAUCACACUUUUUGAUGUGCAGCAGAAGCGAACACUGGCAUCUGUGAAGAUUUCCAAAGUGAAAUACGUUAUCUGGUCCGCAGACAUGUCUCAUGUGGCGCUACUGGCCAAACACGCCAUUGUGAUCUGUAACCGAAAACUGGAUGCUCUGUGUAACAUUCAUGAGAACAUUCGUGUCAAGAGUGGGGCCUGGGAUGAGAGUGGGGUGUUUAUCUAUACCACAAGCAACCACAUCAAAUAUGCUGUCACCACUGGGGACCAUGGGAUCAUCCGAACUCUGGAUUUACCCAUCUAUGUCACACGGGUGAAGGGCAACAAUGUCUACUGCCUAGACAGGGAGUGUCGUCCUCGCGUGCUCACCAUCGACCCCACUGAGUUCAAAUUCAAGCUGGCCCUGAUCAACAGGAAAUAUGAUGAGGUCCUACACAUGGUGAGGAAUGCCAAGCUGGUAGGCCAGUCUAUCAUUGCUUACCUCCAGAAGAAGGGCUAUCCCGAAGUGGCACUGCAUUUCGUCAAGGAUGAGAAAACUCGCUUUAGCCUGGCCUUGGAGUGUGGAAACAUUGAGAUUGCUCUGGAAGCUGCUAAAGCACUAGAUGACAAGAACUGCUGGGAAAAGCUGGGAGAAGUGGCUCUGCUACAGGGGAACCACCAGAUUGUGGAAAUGUGCUAUCAGCGCACCAAAAACUUCGAUAAACUUUCCUUCUUGUACCUUAUCACUGGCAACCUGGAAAAACUUCGCAAGAUGAUGAAGAUUGCUGAGAUCAGAAAGGACAUGAGUGGCCAUUAUCAGAAUGCCCUGUACCUGGGUGAUGUGUCCGAGCGAGUGCGGAUCCUAAAGAACUGUGGACAGAAGUCCCUGGCCUAUCUAACAGCUGCUACUCAUGGUUUAGAUGAAGAAGCUGAGAGCCUAAAGGAGACAUUUGACCCAGAGAAGGAGACAAUCCCAGACAUUGACCCCAAUGCUAAGCUGCUCCAGCCACCUGCCCCUAUCAUGCCGCUGGAUACCAACUGGCCCUUACUAACUGUGUCUAAAGGAUUCUUUGAAGGCUCCAUUGCCAGCAAAGGGAAGGGAGGAGCACUGGCUGCUGACAUUGACAUUGACACUGUUGGCACUGAGGGCUGGGGAGAGGACACAGAACUGCAGCUGGAUGAAGAUGGGUUUGUGGAGGCUACAGAAGGUUUGGGGGAUGAUGUUAUUGGCAAAGGACAGGAAGAAGGAGGUGGCUGGGAUGUAGAAGAAGAUCUCGAGCUCCCCCCUGAGCUGGAUGUACCCCCUGGGGCAGCUGGCGGGGCUGAAGAUGGGUUCUUUGUGCCUCCCACCAAGGGAACAAGCCCAACUCAAAUCUGGUGCAAUAACUCUCAGCUUCCAGUUGAUCACAUCCUGGCAGGCUCCUUUGAAACAGCCAUGCGGCUCCUUCAUGACCAGAUAGGAGUGAUCCAGUUUGGCCCCUACAAGCAACUGUUCCUACAGACCUUUGCUCGAGGCCGUACUACCUAUCAGGCCCUGCCCUGCCUGCCUUCCAUGUAUGCCUAUCCAAGCCGUAAUUGGAAGGAUGCAGGGCUAAAAAAUGGUGUACCAGCUGUAGGCCUCAAGCUUAAUGACCUCAUCCAGCGCUUACAGCUGUGCUACCAGCUCACCACAGUUGGCAAGUUUGAGGAGGCUGUGGAAAAAUUCCGUUCCAUCUUACUCAGUGUGCCACUUCUCGUUGUGGACAAUAAGCAGGAGAUUGCUGAGGCCCAGCAGCUCAUCACCAUUUGCCGGGAGUAUAUUGUGGGUUUGUCCAUGGAGAUCGAAAGGAAGAAGCUGCCCAAAGAGACUGUAGACCAGCAGAAGCGCAUCUGCGAGAUGGCAGCCUACUUCACGCACUCCAACCUCCAGCCUGUGCAUAUGAUCCUAGUACUGAGGACAGCCCUUAACCUCUUCUUCAAGCUCAAGAACUUCAAGACAGCGGCCACCUUUGCUCGGCGCCUGCUGGAACUGGGACCUAAGCCUGAGGUGGCUCAGCAGACUCGAAAGAUCCUGUCUGCCUGUGAGAAGAACCCCACAGAUGCCUGUCAGCUCAAUUAUGACAUGCACAACCCUUUUGACAUUUGUGCUGCAUCUUACCGGCCCAUCUACCGUGGAAAGCCAGUGGAGAAGUGUCCACUCAGUGGGGCCUGCUAUUCCCCUGAGUUCAAGGGUCAGAUCUGCAGGGUCACCACAGUGACAGAAAUUGGCAAAGAUGUGAUUGGUCUAAGGAUCAGUCCUCUUCAGUUUCGCUAAGACCCCUGUGUGUGUAGGUUAGUCAUAGUCUUACCCUCCUAGAAUUAGUCUCUGUACCCCCGUGACACCAACCUCCACCUACAGCCAUACUCGUGUAUUGUGAUUUGGGUCUCCUUAAGAUUUAGUGUCCUAAUCUUUACUUUUGUGACAAAACAGAAUGUCUAGAUUUCAGACCCCAUGAAGACCUAUACUCUUCUCAAGGUGACAACCGUGGUCAUAGUCAGGCUUGCCCUUCCUGCCUAGCUCUUGCAAAGAACAAACGAAAACUCAUGAAGGGUGUUUGCUUAGUAAAUUCCUUCAGUAUUUAUUCCUCCCCUCUCCACCACCUUUGUUUCCUUUCUGCUAGAAAAGGAGCAGAACAUAACAAGUAAGAUACCACAUCUUAUUCAGCCACACCAAACUCUUCCUUAUUCCCUGUUUUCCUUGGGCAUUUAACUACUAAGCAGCUACCCUCUGUGUGCCCAGAAGGUGUGAGAAAAAUCAUUUAGUUUUCCACAUUGCAUACCACUUUUCAUUGAUUUAUCUUUUACAACCAUUAUUGUCAUAUUUUGUUUCUCCUACUAAAUAAAGUAAACUUCUACAAGA